AUGGCUGAGAACUCCAACAACAACAGACAGCUGCAUGUCCGCAGCUACAACAGCCUACAACAUACACUCACAGACAGACACUGGUGGAAACUCAAUCUUGAAGAUGCACCCAGGAGGUAUUUAUAAGUAAAAUGCUUAGUGUUAUAUCAAUCCUCAAACAUAGAUGUGUAACGUAGCUAGCAUAAUAAGAAGCUAAGCUAGCUAACUAACCAGCGCGGGGCAACUUUUUCAAAAAUCCAUUAAACGUUUGUGUGUGGUUUUAUAGCUAUAUAUUUUAGAAGCGCUAAACUUUAUUCGCUUAGCAGAUUUCGUUCACAUAAUUGCGUCACACUCAGUGUGUACAGAAAAAAUUUGCAGGCGAAAUAUUUGCCUAUUCGCAUCACUUAUUUGCGUCGCUUCGCCUAUCCCCCCUUUUGGAUUGCUUCAAAUUUGGCGCCCCCUGUGGACAAAUCUUGCAACUUUAGGCUUUGUCUCAUCUGUUGUGGAGAGUCAAAUACUGUCUGUUUUCAUCUGACACCAGCAGACCUUUGUACAAUCGUGUUUUUCUGCUCCUGUCAGAAGCUGCAGCUGGAGAAGGAGAAACACUGUGAGCUGUCAGUGAACAUCUAGAUCCUUCCGUCAUGUUGUGAGGUUUCCCUUUUGUCUGUUCUGACAGAUCUGCUCUCCGAGUGGAGGAAGGACAAGGUGACACGAAACACCUGAGGGACGGGCUCGUCAUCGACAACGACAGGAAGCAUGAGUGA